GGCAGAUCGUCACUGGUUGUGGUUGGAGUCUCUUCCUAUGAAGUCAUCAACACGAGAGAAUCUGAACAAAACAAUUAAUUUCUGGCAUCAGUAUAUCAAAAGUUUUCUUUCUAAGUUAAUGUAGGCAAGACAAACCUGCUUCUGUGUGUGUUCAGUUUUUAUGUGUGAAACCAGAAAGACUAGUCAAUCAACCAUGUCACGUCAAGGUUUCCAUGGUGAUUGAAAGAAAAUAAAAGUGAAUGUCAUUCACAGUGUGUAUCUCACUUGAGCCAUGAGGUUCUCUAUGAUCUUGCUCUGCUUUAUUGUCAUGAUGCUCUGCAUGGCAGCAGGCUCAAAUGCAGAGAGACUAAAUGAUUGUGGAAUAGCUCCUCUGAACACACGUAUUGUGGGUGGCAUCAUUGCCCUACCAGGCAGCUGGCCCUGGCAGGUCAGUGUACAUUUCAAUGGCAGACCAACCUGUGGCGGAACUCUGAUCCACAGCCAAUGGGUGAUGACAGCUGCCCACUGCAUUGUUUUGACUGACAUCAACAAAUGGACUUUGUACUUAGGAAGAGAAACCCAGAUGACAUCUGCUGCCAACCCAAAUGCUAAUGAAGUAGGUGUUGGUGUUCAGUCCAUCACCAUCCAUCCAAAUUACAACAGCACACUGUACAAUAAUGACAUCUGCCUGAUGAAACUGAAUCAACCUGUGACCUUUACUAACUAUAUCCGACCAAUCUGUCUGGCAUCCAAUGCAAGUGUCUUUCACAAUGCUACCACUUGCUGGGCAACAGGUUGGGGAAGAAUUGGAAAAUAUGAGGCUUUGCCAGCUCCCCAAAAUCUUCAAGAGGUAGAAGUACCAGUCGUGGGCAACAGACAAUGUACGUGCCAGUACAAGCCAACAGAGGGUGAUAUAAUCACAACACAGAUGAUCUGUGCAGGAGAAGCAGGCAAAGGAGUCUGUCAGGGAGAUUCUGGUGGUCCAUUGCAAUGCAAACAGGGUUCUCUGUGGGUGCAAGCUGGGAUCAUGAGUUUUGGGGUCCCCUGUGCCACAGAAGGUUUCCCUGAAGUCUAUUCACGUGUUUCUGAGUUCCACACCUGGGUCAGUGAAAAUGUUAGGGGAGCUGAAAUUGGCUUUGUCACCUAUUUGUCCAGCGGCACAGACACAGACACCAACUUUAAAUGCAAUGCAACCGUUUCAAAUGUGUGCACAUUGACGUUUUCACACUUCUAUCAUUUUAUCAUUAUCUUUACCACACUAGUCUUGAACUUCCUCUCCUAUUCAUGCACAUAAUAAACUGACUCAUGCACACUUGCAACACUGUGAACAUAAGUGAUUCAUUAUAGAUAACUGUGGAGUAAACAACUUUUGAGAAACAAUGUUGAAAAUUUAAGGAAAUGAGAAAUAAAAGGUUUUAAUUUUAUUAUGUCCAAGAGGUCACGGUCUGGCUGAUUAGCAGUUAGCCUGCUGGUAGAUGCCUCAACUACACCAGGAUGGCCUUCUAUGACAACUAUUUAAAAAUAGUGAUAUAAAUCAAUUGUAUCAUCAGUGAUCAUUUGAUUGGUUAGACAGCCAGUCAUACGACAUUUACAGCUAUGUUUGACCUAGUUUGUAUCUAUGUUAACACAUCUUUUGUUAUAUUUGUUUUUUUGUCUUUGCUUUUUGUCAUUGUUUACUCUACUCACAUCAAGCUAUGACUUCAGAAUUUAAUGCCUUCUUAAGCUCUCUACUAAAUCUUAUCUUCCCCAUUUGCUUAAAGACCUUGGUUUUUUUUGGGUGGGGGAUGCUAUUUGGGGUCUAACUGAAACUCUUAUACAAUGUUACUGAUAUUCUCAUCAUCAUCAUCAUCAACAAAAGCCAAACUUACCUUAUUAACUUUUGUAAUGCAUUUUUGUAAGUAUCUAUAUGAAUUGUUGUAUACAUUUUUUUGUUCUCAUAAUGUUUUUUUAAAA